AUGAGACCUACAUUCUUUCUCCGACGGACGACUUCUACCCCCUCCAGAUCUUCACUCUCCCCGCGUCUACGAACACAACGAUACAAAUCCACAAAAUCGGAGUCAGAACCCGUACCUAAGGAUAAAGCAUCAUCGCCGUCUCACGCUGAGUCACACAAUACACCGUCUUCUCCCCUGCCGCCGUCAGAAACAUCCCCCUCAGUCCCCGCCCCGUCGGGGCUCAGAUCGUUGCGCCAGAUAAUUCAGGCGGGUCCUGUAGGAAGGCUGGGACGGUCAUACUCUCGGUUUCAGGAGCGACGGCCAUACACGACGCAAGUAUGCAGUUCCAUUGUGAUAUACCUCUGCGGCGACUUGAGCGCACAGUUUUUGUUUCCGGAGAAGCCCUCUAGCGCGCAACAGAAGAGUUUAGCCUCCGGCGAGAAGGGUCAAGAACAUGCUGUUGUCGAGGAAGGGGGAGAGUAUGACCCGUGGCGGACAAUGCGCCAUUUGACGGUUGGGAUUGGGUCAAGCAUCCCAUCGUACAACUGGUUCAUGUUUCUCCACAAUAACUUCAACUUCACCUCCAAGUUCCUCUCCAUUCUCACCAAAGUAGUCGUACAGCAGGCUGUCUUCACACCCGUCUUCAACACCUACUUCUUCAGCGUCCACUCCCUGCUUUCCGGGGCGUCACUGGAAGAAACGUUCGAGCGGCUCAAGGUCGCUCUACCGCGGAGCAUCGUUAACAGCGCCAAGUUCUGGCCGAUGGUUACGGCGUUCAGCUUCAUGUAUGUGCCGCCGCAGUUCCGGAAUGUAUUUUCCGGCUGUAUCGCCGUGGGCUGGCAGACGUAUCUGAGCUGGUUGAACCAGAAGGCUGCGCAUGAGGUUGAGAACGCGUUGGCGGAGUCGGCUUCGUCGCAGAUCGCUGACGGGGCGUCUACCGUGACUUUGAAGGCAUAG